AUGAAUUCAGGAGGCGUAGUUGCAUCGUUGGUGAUUUUGCUGGUAGCAAAUGACAACGAGUUGCUCGAUUGUGUCUGUAAACAAAUCAAAUUCGCCGGAGAACAAGCGGGUAGAGUCUCAGUCAGCCCUGGUUUGUCAGAGGUCUGGAGUACGUACUGCAUACAUCGCGAUGAUUACCAGCUGUACGAAACGUGCGACAACCUCGACCAGUCGUCCCCCACGUUGCCAGCUGUCGGACGCCUGGUACCGACCACCUGGGACAUGAAACCUUUCCGGCACGCAGACGAGCUGAAGUGCGGCUUCGUCACAGAGAAGAUCCGUGGCCUGACGGUGGACGCUGCCGUGCAACUCUCCAGGGAGCUGAGUUGCCACAUCGCUGCCAACUGCAUCAACUCCUACUCUGUACAGGGAUCGAACGACACACAAUGGAACCUGACGACGCUGGAAACGUACACUCUGUGGGAUCCUAUCAUCUGGGAGUCACUGGAGGCCGUUCAGCGCAUCACAGGGGCGACGACUGCCAGGGAUAUGUGUUAUCUCCGACAUCCAGUCAACUUGCCCGAGCUGUCUUCCAAGCAACCUGGUAUGCUGACGCUGACCAAGAAAUCAAAACUGGCACCCAUCGGCAGCCGCCGAGUAACGGCACCGCACGACGUCAAAGAAUUCCAGGCGGUCGUCCUGGAAGAGCUCUCCAACUACUGGAGAGACAAUGCACAGCUGCUGUCAUUUGGCGUGACGCACGUCUCGCGACUGCUCAUUCCCCUCGCAUUCAAAUACCUGAGUAAAAACGUCAGUCAUGAGCAGCUCGAUCGAUGGAUUGAGGACAUGAAACAUGUGAGAGACAUGCUGCACACGAAAUUAAGGGGUUGGGAACGUGAUGUUCAGUACAUCAGAAAGCAGAUAGCGAACUAUACGCUGGAAGAAGACAAGGAGACGCCUGGAAGUUACAUACUUAGGCGGCCGGUGCUGAAUGACCGCCUGCUGGACUACCAGGAGUGGUACCUCUCCUUUCGCGACGACUUCAGCGCGCAGUGCGAGCAGCAGCAGCCAAAGGCAUCAGAGAUGUUCGGUCUCGCUGACGCGGUGUACUCCUUCUAUCGGAUCAACUGGCUGAGAACUAAAUACAGCCCAUCUGUUAGAGACAUCAUAGACGAGAAGUGGCAGCUGGAGGACAAAAGCAGCGCCGUGCUCAACGUGGACACUGACUGCCUGCAGCUGCUGGCUGACGUCCUGGAGCACCCCACGUGUCCGCUGGAAGACCUGCCACCGGAGACCGUCCAGCAGCGCCUACAGUGCCGCGAGCGGCUGUGGGCCGACGUGGUGCAGAGGUCGGCCCACAUACCCGUCACCAGCUACCUGGCCUACACGCAGAGGGCCAACGUCAACCUCUGCCUGCUGGCCUGGAUGGCUGUCAACUCGUUCGGCGUUUGUCAGGACGUCCCAUUCAGUAUCGUGCAGUCCGUGCACGACGCUCGCUGCUACUUCGACAGUCCCGACGACCAGUCGUGUCUGGAAUCGAACACCACAGACGCCAUCUGCUCUGUCUUCAGAGCUGUCCUGUUGCUGAAGUGCCGCGAGUUUUCCUUCCAUAAAUCUCCCGAGCUGUGUGCCGUCAGAUAUUACGGAGCUGGGCUGUACCCGAGUGGCUUCGAAGUAACGUGGACAGAUCCUCUCAGAGGUUAUGUAAAGCCAACAGAAAGGACACUGAGUUACAAAGAGAGUUUAUACAGUGUCACCUUGAAAUACAAGAAUUUUAAAAUCGACAGGUUGAAAUCGUUAGAAAUAUCGUUUGUAGUGUUAAAUAUUCUUUUCCGCUUUUUGACUGCCGGACUAUACAUGCACCUUCCCCAUUUACGCAAUCUGCCUGGAAAGAUAUUCUUGUCCUUUCAGAUCACGGGUAUAGUCCAGAUCCUGUGUUCUGAGGUCGUUUAUCGGAUGGCAGGCGUCCCCGACUUAUCUGUAAUGGUACUGAUCGAUAGCGCCCUCACAUUUCUCAGCUGUAUCUGGCUAAACUUAUUCUGCUACCACAUGUACGCGUGUGUUCGUCAUCUGAGGCUUCCUAACGAGCUAGCACCUACUGAAGCGAGCCAGAUAUUCCGUCGCCAGGUGUUGUAUGCACUAAUACCCUGGAGUAUAGUAUGCGCAACGUGUGUCGCUUUGGAAAGAGCGGCCAGGUAUUAUCUGAUCUAUAGUCGGAUAAUAUUCCUUGGGGCGAUUUCACUAUCGAUAUCUUUUAACUUGGUUUGUCUCGGACUGGUGGGAACCAUGUACCUACGAACUCGGAACUCAAUGCAGCAACUCAAAAUUUAUAGGAAGGGUAAAUUUGCCUCAAAGAAAGAACUUGUUUUUAUGUCAGUUAAAACUGUAAUCUUAAGUGGGAUUGGGAUUAUUAUUAGAAUUGGGUUUCACCAGGUGCAGGGCGUGGCACAGCUUGUGUACUGCGUACAUAUAGCUACAAUGGUGCAGGGGCCACUGCUGUAUGUCUUUUUCAUUUGUAACGGAACGACGCUCCCCAUACUCAAGAAGAGGAUACUGGCGUGUUUCAACCCAGACAUCACCAUUCCGGAGCAAGAGCUGUGCUCAGCAGCUGAGAGAAAUCUAGCGAGGAGGAAGAAAGAACAGGCUGUCGUUGCAGAAUCCUCGUUGUAACGUCUGUAACCAUUCUUCUCAAAGGAUUGUCUUUCACUGUAGACUGUUCUAAACUAUGUAAUUAAUUAUAAAGACAGAAUCUAGCAGGCGAGACAAAAUUAACUGCGACAGAUUUCACAAAACAGUGCCUCAGAUUUAUAAUUCAUUCUUUAUUUAGCAUGAUUUACUUACUUGUACAUGGUAGCAUAAAAGAGUGCAAUAGUUUUAGUUGUUCAGCGUAAUCUGAAGUGAACACAAAGAUGUUAAAGGAGAGUUUUACAUAGGACUAACGUGCUUUUGUGAUGAUGACUUGUUGAGCUAGAGGUACAUUUAAGUAUAAUAGAGGACAUUAAAAAGUAACGUGUAUGCAGUGUUGUGGUCUUAAACAAGGAACAAAAUUAUUUAAAAAAAUUUUGUACAGGCAGUAUCGUGAUAGGAAAGACAUGUGCCAGAUGUCAAACUAAAAGUACACUCGUCUUUCCACAAGUAUAAUAGUAUACUAUGUACUG